AGCGUCCUCCGCCAAAUGAGUUUUUUUUCUGGCUCUUUACUGAAGCCAUAUGAUGACAAUCACUAUUAUGAUAAUCCAAUAACCCGGAGGUCUGGUUGCGCUGGAGUUAACGGGAAAUCGGAGGCCACGUAUUCCGAAUGUGGCUGGCUGCUGUCCGUGGUGCUGAUGGGUCCCGGCGGUCAGGUGGGUCCUGCUGUUCCUCUCCGGACCUGCAGGGGGCGGCGGAGCGCGCUGCAGCUACACGUCGACGAGCAGAAGAAACCGAAACACGUGAGCAGCAGCAGCAGCAGCAGCAGCAGAAGAGACAACAACAUGGCAGUGUCUCUUAAUGCAGGUCGUCUCUGUCGCCUGACGGGACGGACUGUCACCUCCCUGUCGUCCAGACACAGGCGGGCUGUCAGCCUGCCAGCGACGAGAUGCUACACAUCCACUUCCACGGGGAGCAAUUUGCAGUUCAGGCUUGAUGAGAGAACAGCCCACAGCAGUCUGGACCUCUUCAAGAAAGACACUGGCAUCAUCUACCGCAUGCUGGGUCUGGACCCAAGCCACGUGCAAGACAACCCAGAGCGUUUCCGAGACUGGGCCGUCGUGUUUGGCGAUGAGAAGAUCAGCAGCGGACGACACUACUGGGAGGUAACAGUCAAAAAGUCUCAAGAGUUUCGUCUGGGUGUGGCCGAGGACUUGAUGUCCCGAGACGACUGUGUGGGCACCAGCAGCUCCUCCUGGGUGUUCGGUUACGCUCAGCGCAAGUGGUUUGCCAUGACCAGCAAUAAGAUAGUGCCCGUGACGCUUGCAGGCAAGCCAGACCGUGUAGGAAUCCUGCUUGACUAUGAAGCGGGGCUCCUGGGGCUGGUGGACAUUGAGAAGCCCUGGAUCAUUCACAGCAUCAGGGCUCAGUUCAAGUCUCCUCUCUGCCCCGCUUUUGGACUUUGGGACGGGGAGCUGCUCACACACUCUGGUCUGGAAGAGCCUGAAGGCCUGAAGUAAAGCUGGACAAACUGUGAUGGCUCUGAUUGUGAGAGUCAUGACAGGCAGUGGCCUUGGUUUAAGUACCAUGGCAACACUUACCACAGCUUUACCUUUAAUGCAGAAAAGAAAGCAAUAUCUUCCAUGGGAAUCAUUUACAGCUUAACUGUAGGUGAUAUUUAAUUUUCUGUGGGCCUGCUGUUUCAUAACCAUGACUCCUAACAAUGCAAGUUUGUACUUUGUGUAUGUCAUUCAGCCUUGGGCAGUCGUAUCACAGAAGCUGUUUUAGUGUGUACCUCAUGUAUUACCUCUCAGACUGUCUGACGUGAAAAGGAUGUGCGUUUGUUUUUGAGAGUUACAUAAACUGCCAAGUUGUUAUUUUA